AUGAAUCGUGAUCGGAUUUCAGUGGCAGAUCGAUUUUAUCGCACCGAAGAGAAAAUAGUAACGGGCCUUGAUCUUGUCAAUUUGGGGCCUGAGUGCGGGAGGAAUUCUCGCUUCUUCUGUGGUUCCGUCAAGAAAGCUGAACAGAUUGCGCCCAUGUUCAAAUACCUUGCCACUCCCGAGGAGAUUCUUCUCAAACUUUGGCAGACUGAAGAUAGAAAGAGAGAAACGGAAGCGUCGGCAAUACCCGCUUCCGUGCAAUGUCCAACCCCGCAUUUCGGCAAGUUGAUUUCAUUUCGCGUGUGCCAGGCGCCAACCUUGAUCUGGCUUGGGAUAGAUAUUCUUUGA